ACACAAACCGGUCCAAAAAUAGUUUCACUGGGGGCAAGUUGCCCCAGCGACAUGGAGACGGAGGGCUGGGAUAUGGUGGAGGACUCGCAGGUCCACACCCUGCGGCUCCACCAGCGAGAUCUCCACCACCAGAGGUGCAAAGAGGAGCUGAGUCAGGCCCAACAGGCCUGCGAAGCGCUGAUCAAGGCGCAGCAGGAGGUGGCCUCCGGGAUCCUGAGGUGUGGAGAGCAGAUGGAGCAAGUGGACCAGGUCCACCGGGCCUUCUGCAUCCCCAAGACCUCGGUGCCAUUGGAGGGCCUCAUCUGGGACUGCCCGCUGGUGGUCCGUACAUGUGGGAAGCACAGCUUCAGCACCGGGCAGAAUGUCAUCAUCACGGGCGUGCGCGUGAAGGGUGACGCUUCGACUUCGCUGCAGAGCCUGGUGCGCGAAUUGAGCAGAGACCACGCGGUGGUCUACGUGGACGAGUGCAGGUUCGCUUUGGGCUCCAUGGGUACGCUCAUUUGUGAGGAGGAGGAGGCGAGCAUGUUGGACUUCACCAGCGCACAGGCCGCCCUGAACAUCUCCUGCUGGGGCCUGGGGAAGACUUACCUGUCCCACACGGCCCUGCACAUCACAGCGGAGACCUUGCAGGCCGUGGGACUGCCGAAGGCGGUCUCCAAGAUCUUCAUGGGCCUCCGGAUGUCCUGCGAGGGCGUGCAAACCAUGGCGGAGGCCUAUGCCAGGCACGUGGAGCACACGCACAACAUCACUCCUCCGGGGAAGUUUGCAGACUCGCUGGGAGUGCUGCACGCCUGGCUCAGGAGAGUCAGCGACGUGCAGGGUCCAGACGUGAGGGGCCUUGCAAGCCAUUUGUGGGACCGAACUGUGGAGGCUGUGCAGCCUGUCAACUGGCAGCCCUCCGUGCUCUGGGGCUUUUGCGCAGAGUGCUUCGCGAGCUUCGAGCGGAGCACGUCGGCCACGGGCGAAGGCAAGUCCAAGCACCACUGUCGGCACUGCGGGCGCGUGGUCUGCGACAACUGUUCGAAGGACCGCGAGAUGGUGCCGUGGCACGGGCACACGAAGGCGGUGCGCGUGUGCAAGGUGUGUUUGGCCCCGGUCAAGGUGCGGAACCUGUCGCUCCAGCAGUACAGCUUGCUGAACGAGCAGGUGGCAAUCUCUGCCAUGGGACUCCGUGAGAUCAUUGAGAGCCCCAAGCCCAAAGGCCGCGGCAAGGGGAAGCCCCCGGGACCGGUGCCGACCAAGGGCAAGGGCAAGGGCGUGGUGAAGAAACGCCAGGACCUGAAGCCUGGCCAUGGCCUGGGGGCGCUGGGGGAGGACAUCAAGUCUGAGAUCGGCGAGCUGGCAGGUUUCGUGGUGGUGCAGAACGUGGUGAAGUGCCGCGCCAUGCCGAAGGCCGCGGACCCGGGCAUCGCCAUCCUCGUCACCAAGGAAGAGCUGCUGUGGGGCGUGGCCUCCCACGGAUACAAGACGAAGCUGGAUGAGAUCAUCCACUGCCUGCUAGAAGUCACCUUAGAGGCGCCCUCCAAGGACCAGUGGUUCGAGAGCAUGGAGCAGAUCCUGCCACUGGAGAAGCUGUCCCACGAGACACUGGAGAAGCUCAAGGCAGUGCCUGCAGAGAAGUUCCCCGAGCUCCGGGAGAUCGAGCGGGUCAUCUGCGAGAAGUUUUUGCCGGUGGACCACCUCGCGCUGCGCUGGCGCGCGUUGAAGCUGCAGCGGGAAUACGAGACUCCGGAGCUACGCCUGGCGCGCCUGGAUGUGGCCCUGGCGGCCAUUCAGGCGCCGCUGGCCGACGGGCACCUGGUGUCGGAGGUGAAGAACAUGAUCGCCGUGCUCAGAUCGUGGAUGGAGCCGAAUCCGGAGACGCUGCAGGGCUUGGUGUCCCGCAUCGAGGUUGGAAGCGGCAAGGACCUGCUGCAAAGGGCGUGGCAAGUAGGUGAUCAGUACAGGGUCUGCAAUGCCAGCGGCUUCGUGGACGCCCUUGCACCUUUGGAGGAUUGCACAUCGGCCAUCGAGGUGAAGGACAUUCUCCAGAAGUUGCUGGCAGACCGCAAGGAGUUGCAGGACAUCUCACAGCGAGCCUCUGACGUCGAGGCCAUCAACUCCGCUGCCAAGAAGUUGGAAGGAGUCUUCCAGGCGCUGGAGGUGAAGCUGGUGCAGUGCUUGGACGCUGGUCACCGUCUGCGCAUCGCGCUGGGCCAGCUGAGUCCGGACACGGAGGUCGUGAAGUUUCAGGAGGCUGCGCCCCUGGCGUGCGCCACCGACCAGAACUUGAAGAGCCUCAGGAGUCUGGUCCAAGGCCUGCGGAAGGCUCAGCAGGCGGAGCGAGAGCGCCAGCGCUUCGAGCGGGAGCGCGAGCUCGCGGGGCGCGCGGAGCACGCGGAGAGGCGGAAGAAGGCGAAGAAGGCGCCGCCGGCAGCCAAGGCCAAGGUGAAGAAGUGGGCUGUGCGCAAGAGGGAGGCGAGCCCCAGCUCUAGCGAGGAGACGCGCUCCAGCGAGGCAGAGGCUCCGACACCUCAAGCUGCGGCAGGCUGAAGUGAGACAUGUCAGAAAUUCUGAAGUUUACUUAGCAGGACUCCGAGAUCAAAGCUGAGUCAGCUGAACCGGAGUUUUGCCCCGGAGAACGGGUUGCUUCCUCUGCCAGUGGCCGUGAGCUGCUAGCUUUCCUGGCCUUUGGCUGAUCGUUCCAACUGUUUUCCGCGCAAGCCGAACCAUACACUCUCCGCCGGGGCAAGAGGAGAUGGCAGUCUUGCUGAGUUCACU